AUGGCAGAGGGAGGUGUGACCAAUCUAGUCUUGGAUGAGACUCAGAAGGAACUUCAAGAAUGUCCCAUCUGUUACACUGAGUACAAGGAUGCUAGGAUGCUAGACUGCUCACACAGCUUCUGCCUGAAAUGUCUGCAAGAACUCAAACUGACACAAAAUAAGGACGACAAGAGUAUUGUCUGUCCGUUGUGUCGAAGUGAAACUGCCCUGACUGAAGCUGGCCUGGACAUGCUACCUGAAGGAUCAAAGGAUGUCAAUCAACAGGAACAGACUGAAGGUCAGGGGUUAAAAGUCAUGUGUCAGGCAUGUGAUGAGGAGAACGAAGCUAUUUCUCGAUGCGUAGAUUGCAAGCAUUAUCUUUGUCAAGAAUGCCUGAAGGCGCACAAUCGAUUGGCAUCACUGAGGGCUCACAAGAUUGUAGACUUGACAGAGCUACCUGUUGAGUCCCAAGAUAUAACAGAGGAAACUGAACUCAAGAAAGUUCCCAAGUGUCACGAGCAUCCAGAUCAAGAUCUCUGUCUGUAUUCGUCUGGGAAGAUUCUGGGUGAAGUGAAUGAAGUGAUGACUACGGCAACGUGCUAUGAGAUCCUGAAGUCCAAGAAGAAAAUACUGCGGGAUUUGAAUGAGCAGGUGGAGGUGCAUAAGAGUUUGGAUAUCAAGCAUGGGAAGUCAUUCCUUGGCUUUAAGGAGAGUAAAGAGGACGGUCAGCUUGGGACUCUGCUCUUGGAGGAGAAAUGGGAAAAGUGUGAUACCUUUUCAUUAAGUGUGUUCUGUGCCACACAUCUUGCAGCAUACUCCACAAGUGAAAUGGUUAUGUUAUGCAGUGAGAAACUGCUUACAUUGGAUCCAGAGGGGAAGGAGAUUUCUACAAAGACCUACAAACCUGACCCUGAUAAACCAAACGAACCCCAUGACCCUAAUGACAUACAGAAAGCAACAGCUCUAGCCAUCAACAAGGAUGAUCAACUUCUGAUCCUAGACAAUCCCGCAGUCAAGAUCUUCAACAAGGAAUACCAGCUCCUUCAUCAGUUCCUACCGGGUAAAGAGGCCGGCUUGGACAGCACGCCGACGUGCCUGGCAGUGGACAGCAGCAAUCUGAUAGCAGUGGGUUACAAGGACAAGGACCAGAUAUCUCUACACAACCCAGAUGGUUCCCUCGUCAGAACACUGCCUGCUCCAAUGAUUGAUACAUAUUUAAAGUUCAGCAACAAGCAACUCAUAUACACUAACAACAAAGAGGGUUUGCUGAUGGCAGUUGACUUUCAUGGCAAUAAACUGUUUAACCAAAGUUGUAGUGAUCCUCGUGGGCUGUGUUGCGAUGAUACAGAGGGCACGGUGUAUCAGAUCAAGUGUGCAGGUGGGAUGCAGUCUGUGUGA